CUUCUAUGCUGUGCGGAUGCAGCGACCGAAUGUUCGCCAAAGACGGUUGAUCUGCUGUGACGCCUCGAAAGCUCAUGCACUUCAUUUGGAGGCCCAUCUGCUCGUCGGACGAGAUCGUGAUCCUCGACAUCGACGCUGCCGGACGAAGACGACUACUCAAGAUUAGCUUCGAUGCAGAGAAGAGAAGCGGGCCAGAUAGAAAUCCGACAUCGCACUUCGCUAGCUUGUGCAAAGCUUUGUUUGUCGCCUUGCAUGUACUUACAAUCGCUCCAACUAUUCCGCUUGACAUGAGCACUCCCGCAUACUCUCUCUUGCUCUCUGCAUCGCGAUCGGUUUUUCGAGAAACGCAGCAAAUGACCUGUCCUGGCAUAGCAACCAGAGAUCCUGCCCGAGCCACGCGGAGUCUCUCCUGAGAGAACCUGCUGCCACUCACAGGAGCCUCCAUGCGUCUCGCGCUCAUAGUUUUGGCAGCAGCGGGCCUUGCUCAAGCAGUUUACAGAAGCAGAUGCGUCAAAUACGCUUUCUGUCAAGUGGUCUGCAACAGCCCUCCCCGAUCGGAAUUCACUUAUCACGUAGAAGCUAGCUCUGUCCCGAGUUUGGCACUCGUCAAGUUCUACAAGAUCGACCUGCGCGACGGUGGCAGACGGCUGAGAUGCUCGGUUAGGACUGAUUUUGCCAUUGAGACGCAAGUCUGUACGACCGAAGAAGAUCCGAGAGACCGUACAGGCAACACAUUCUCUGUAGAACAUGAUGAUAUCAUGCCGCUCGAUGUGCUCGACUCGCCUUUCAUGGCAACCUUUGAGGCAUGCUGCAAGGUGACCCGACAGACUGCUCAUAGCCUUUACCUCAAAGCUAUGACCAUCGCCGAUCAGUGGCGAUUCAUAGCUCGCUCAUCCCGUGUGCGAGUCACAUGCCAGGCACCUCCGGGGGAUGGCCCAGUCCAAUCGAUCUGUCGCAGCUCCUUCCCCGAGAAAUUCGAAGCACCUUGCAUGGUGCUGACAGGGACCCCACCUGGGUCCGAGUUCACCUACCAUGUCGAAGCCAGCUCGCUCCCGAGUUUAGCUCUCAUCAGAUUCAUCAAGAAGCAAAAUGAGGACGGCCGCACACGAAUGUACUGCUCCAUCAGACCCGAGAUAGGCUUCAAGGAGCAGGAAUGCAAGGUUGAAGUAGAUCCAGCCGAUCAAAGUGGCGGAUCUUACAUUGUCAGCCAUUUCGAUGAGAUACCAAUCGAUGUAAUCGACUCGCAGUACACGGCGACCUUCGAAUCCUGCUGCAAGGUGCUUCGCAGAACCACACACCAGCUGGAUGCGUACAAUGAGCAAAUGGACAAUCAGUGGCGGCUUAGACUCGAAGCGCCGAUUGCACAAGUCGUCUGCGACGUGCCCAAAGGUGCAGGCGCAGUCCAAUCUAUCUGUCGCAGCUCCUUUCCCACACGAAUCGCCGCACCAUGCAGGAUCCAUUAUGGGACCUGCAAAGUGGACUAUGCCUUGACUUUUGGAGCUUUCUGCAAGGAACGGAACGAUUCGAUCGAACCCGGAAGUCACCCCGGCAGCUUUCAGUCCCCACCGGGAUCCGAAUUCACGUAUCAUGUCGAAGCAAGCUCGCCUGCGAAUCUCGCUUUCAUCAAAUUCUACGAUAAAGAUUAUCCAGAUGGCCGUACAAACCUGUUCUGCUCUGUCAAAACCGAGUUGGGCUUCAAAGAGCAGACGUGCGCAGUCGUACCGAACGCAGCUGACCAGACCGGCCGAACGUUCACACUAGAUCAUACCGAAGAGAUUCCGCUGGACGUGAUUGAUUCGCAGUACACGGCAACAUUCGAGGCCUGCUGCAACGUAUUCAUAAAAACGACGCAUAGAGUGGAGCCACUGGCCCGGCUUAAGAUCGAGCAGUGGACUCUUCUCACCCAUGCGCCAACAGCGGAAGUCAUCUGCGACAUGCCCAAAGGCGCCGGCGCGGUUCAGUCUAUCUGUCGCAGCUCCUUUCCCACACGACUCUCAGCGCCAUGCUUGGUCGAAUACAAUACUUGUCGGACGUGCGCCACGAGCACGCCCAGCGAGGUUUCGCAGCAACGCGUCGCCAUGUCAUCCGGUCCUUCUCCUGCUCGACUCUCACAUGUUGCUCUCUGCUCCCUGCCCGAACGUUGUCUACCUGCAAUGCGACCGACCUUACUCAUCCUCACGAUAGCUUGCUACGUACAAGCUCAGACAAGAGUCAAAUGCGUUGGCUAUUCCGACUGCGAAGUGGUCUGCUACAGUCCGCCGGGGGCAGAGUUUGAUUACGCGGUGCGAGCUACGAUGCCGGCAACCUUGGUAGGCAUUCGAUUCUACAAUCUGGUCGAGAGCGACGGCUAUAGAGAGCUCAGGUGUGCGGCCAAAUCAGCUCCUGGCUUCGAAGAACAGUUCUGUAUGACCGCAGAUAGUAUGACGCAGCCGGGCGAAAUCUUUAUCGUUGAGCAUGGUGGCGAGCUCCGAGUCGAGGAUCUCAUAACGCCCUAUAAGGGUUGGCGGAAUAUCUUCUCGACAGUAACAGCACUGAUGUCGAGGCAGCAACAUUCGAAGCGUGCUGCAGGAUCAUUCGGCGUACUGCACAUAGACUCGACGUGA